GUAACCGCAUAAAUAAAGCGUGUCAUAGCUUGAAGCGGAAGGCAGGUGCGAAAACAGACCGACUACAAGCAUGGCGUGCACAAAUCGAGGCAACCGCGAGUUGAAAGAGAAAGCAAAGAAAAUGAUGAACACAGCAACAGAUCCCGUUGAAAAGCUUCGCUAUGCUUGUCUAGCGCGGGGGGCAAGUGGAAUCAAAGGUCUUGGCAGAACAUUCCGGAUCAUGGAUGAUAAUGCUGAUUUAAGUCUCAACUUUCAAGAAUUCAAGAAGGGAAUUCAUGAUUAUGGACUAGUAAUGGAUAAAGAUACCAUACAGUCUUUGUUUGAUAAGUUAGAUAAAGAUCACAGUGGUUCCCUUUCAUUUGAUGAAUUUCUAGAAGCUCUAAGGCCUCCAAUGAAUAAUUCUAGGAAAGAAUUAGUAAGGAGAGCUUUUCAGAAAUUAGACAAAACAGGAGAUGGCGUUGUGACAGUACAAGAUCUACAUGGAGUCUAUAAUGUCAAGAAACAUCCCAAAUAUAUCAGUGGCGAAUGGACAGAGGACCAGUGCCUUAAACAGUUCUUAGACUCAUUUGACUCUCCAGAUGACAAAGAUGGAACGGUUACUGAAGAAGAGUUCAUGAACUAUUACUCAGGAGUUAGUGCUUCAAUUGACAAUGAUGCAUACUUUAACCUUAUGAUGGUUAAUGCUUGGAAGCUAUGAUUGACACAAACAGUUUUUCUAAUCAAACACUCUCAUUAACCAAUUUGUAGAAUAUUUAUUUAGUGGUGGUUUGUCAGGAAAAUUAUUAGUAAUACGUCAAGGAUUUUAUGUAUCUGUUGUUGGAAACAGAAUUUACCAAUUUCUUAGAGCCCUAUAUUAUGUAGAUUAAGCUCAGAAUUACUGUACCAAAAAUGCUUUUUUACACAUAUGUCUGCUUGUUAGUUCUACACCUACCUCCCUCCCUCCCUCAAAUUCUAUGUGUGUGAUUUGCUUUCUGGAAAAUUGAGUAGACUGCACUGUGAUAGGGAAAAAAGGAAGAACAAAAAACCCAGCUAUUUCCAUUGGCUCUUCGGCAUUAUUGGAGCACUGCCUUAAACUGAAGUGGACCGGUGCGAAAUAGUGUGAGCACAAUUCAUGUCAGCACAAUGGCACACAAGACACCUCAGCAGCUGAGAUUCUUUAGCUUUUCUGUUUGUUCUUUGUUUAUCUGUUGAUGUUUUUAUUAGUUUAUUUAAUUUUAUGUCUUGCUUAUCACAGAGUUUGUUGAAAUUGAAAAUCAUUUUGGUACAUGUAUUGUUAAUGAGAAGUAUAAUUGUUUGUACAGGAACAGCUUUUUAAAGAAAUACUUAAAAACAAAUUUUAUAUUUAUGUAUUUGUUUUGUAUAUCCCAUUAG